AGGUAGGCAGGGCUCUAAAACAGGAUACACCUGCGCUACGGGUAUUUUACAGUACAUACAUCAACGAAACCAGACGAGCCAUUCGUGUUUUAUUCUGCUAAAAGUAACUAACCAUAUUAUUAUCUCUCGGUGCCAUGAGUACGGAACAUAGACUUUGUGAAUUGACAACGGUGUCCUUGAAUGUCAAUGACCCGGAGACAACUUCUCAGCUGGACGACCCUUCUAAACCUCAAGAUCGAGUAAAUAUAUGUGGAGGCAGUGGGCAGUCUUUACACACCAAUGGCACAGUAAACGGAGAAUCAUCGACAAAACCUUUGCGCAAAUUUGAGAAAUCGGAGAACCAUGUAGGCAGCGGUGCAGCCUCCUUAUCGGCUUCAGGCGAAGCGAAACUGUGUCCAGUACAUGAAGGCGAAUUACAGUUGUACUGCAGUACAGAAGGAAGACUGGCCUGCUCGAAAUGUGUUUCGGAUGGAUCUUGUCAUGGUCACACGGUGACAGAGCUGGUUACUCGGGCAACUGUAGUAAGGAAUCAGUUGGUGGAUGUCUGUGAAAAAAUGCAGCUGCAAGCCCUGCGGAUCGAACGAUUCAUUGACCGUACGCUUACAGCGAGAGAGAAAGCUGUACAGACAGAUGCAAACAGCGCAAGGGAACGUGUGUUGGCUCAGGUGAAUGUGGUUCGUGAGGCUCUUGAGGAGGAGGAGCAGCGUCUCCUAGAGGCCAUACAGAGAGAGGAGGAGCGAGUGGAGCAGUGCCUCCUAACUCAGAGAGCACACUGGACUCACACUCUGGAGAAACUCACACACACACGCACCAGCCUGGUUCACACACUCACACACUCGACAGAUACCAUGAUUGUGAGCUCCAAUGAGGAAAUAAAUGACAGAAUCGAGGAUGCGGAGGGUGCUGGUGAACCUAGAGACACUGAACAACUGACUUUGAACAGAAACUGCAGUGACAGUAAACUCAUGGUGGGUUUAUGGGCCAGUGCAUUACUGCUAGGAUCAUCUGCCAAAAGAUUUACUGCACUACACUUUGAAGCUCAGACGGUCAGUCCUCUUCUCUCCCUCUCCAGUGAUCAGAGCACCUUAACUUUCCUGCCCAAACGUCAGCGUCAGUCACCGCCCUAUGACCCAUCACGCUUCGACAGCUGGCCUAAUGCUCUCUGCUCCCCACCUAUGUCCUCUGGCACUCACAGCUGGGUACUUGACGUGGGCAUGAGUGCUGCCUUUAAAGUGGGUGUAUGCUAUUCCAGCAUAGAACGCAAAGGGUCCGGCAAUGCUGCACGACUGGGCUACAAUAAAAAAUCAUGGGUGCUCUCGCGUUAUGAUGGAGACUUGUCUUUCUGUCACGAUGGAUGUAACGUGGGUAUCACAGUGGCUAAGAAGCUCAAGAGAGUGGGACUGCUGCUGGAUUGGCCCAGUCAGACCCUGCUGUUCUAUGAUCCUGAAUCUAUGUCUGUGUUGCAUGUAGUCAGACAUGCUUUCAGUGAGCCACUGCAGGCCGCCUGCGCUGUGGCUGAUCAGAGCAUCUCUAUAGUGCACUGAACAUCCGAUGAAUGUUAAUGAAGGCACUGAAGAUCCAGAGGACUUGAAGGAAUAGUGGAUGUGACAUUAUGCAAUGUCAUUUGAACCAAUGAUCAUUCAAAAAAUAUUUUAACAGUGCCAUUGAAGACCAAUUUAUCCAAAGGGAAGAGAAAGUGUGAUAAUAUGAAUCACAUUGCUUAGUUUUAAAGAAGCUAAUUUGCCUUACUUUAUAGGAUUUUGCAAAUCUACAAGCAUAUGACAUUGCCAUCUUUUUAUAUUUAUAAAUUAUUUAAAUAAUUUUAUGCUCCAUCUCUUUCAAAGUAUUUCAUGUUUAUGUUAAAAAUAGUGCAAUUAUUAACAGUUCUUAACAAAAAAAAAAAUAGUGCAAUUAUUGUUGACUGUUUGUAUUUAUUAUCGGCACAUCAUAUAAAAUAGUUGCAUUUGUCUGUGACAGUACCCAACUGGUACUGAUAUGGCUGACAAUGAUAUUUGAUACUAUAUUCUAGUUGAGUUUUCAUGUGAUCGCAUGAGAUCAUGGCUCUGAUAGCGGAACAAUUGUCAUGUAAAAAUCUUGGGGAAAUUAAAUUUACAUUAUCAGAUUUACACAUGGUUAUUGACAAAUCUGUAAUAAAUAACAAUGUUCUGACUUUUUUUCUGAAAAUGUAUGUGAUGUAUUCAUGCAAUAAAAU